AUGUAGCUCACAUUCAAUAGCCCGUAACACUCGUGAACCGCUACUUCGGGGUUUCGCUGUUGCUUUACUGCACGGGUUUGUCCGUCCUUUCACGAUUACUCAAUCGUUUCACGUGCAAUCCAGUUUUGCACAUCAUUUCUCCUCUAGUCACUUUCUUCACCUCAGACACCCAUCGGGCUAAUUCAUCUGUUUGCCUUUUAAACGGAACGCAAUUUAAAUGAGAUGCAAAUUGCUUUGCGUUUGACUUCGAUGUCGCGCGCCGCUACAUUCACAAAAGUUUCUUCAAUUUCAAUGUAACAUUUUCACCGCCGCAUCCUCCUGAAGGGUUGCGUGCAGCAAGCGACGGAUUAAAUGGAUUAGUUUUAUCAACUCGGUCCGGAGUCUUCAAGCAACUUGUGUAUCUUUUGGUUUGUUUGGUGCGGUCUUUAAAAAUGAGCGAAAUAAACACAGAGGAGAGUCAGCACGAGAACGGGGAGCAUAACAGAAAGGAAUCGGACCGUCAACUCCGGUUGAGACUGUGCGUUUUGAAUGAAAUAUUGAACACCGAACGGGAUUACGUGAGAAACCUGGCUUUUCUGCAGUCGGCUUUUCUUCAGAGAAUUAGACAGACGCCAGAAAACCUACAAUGUCUCACGCCAGAGCAGGUCAAGAUCUUGUUCUCCAACAUCGAAUCCAUUCUGGAAGUCCAAUUCAAGUUUCUCUCCGCUUUGGACGGCAGUCUGCAGCCAGAACCUCAGUCGCAUCACUCUCUCGGACACGUCUUCCUCCAGUUUAGGGAAUGUUUCUCUGUGUACGGGGAAUACUGUAGUAACCAUGAGAAAGCACUCAGACUACUGAUGGAGAUAAACAAGAUCCCUCACGUGCGGACUUUCCUGCUGCACCUAAUGCUGUUGGGAGGCAAGAAGAGCACAGAUGUUCCUCUUGAGGGGUACCUGCUUUCUCCCAUCCAGAGGAUCUGCAAAUACCCUCUCCUACUGAAGGAGCUUUUGAAGAGGACCCCUAAGAAGCAUCCAGAUUACCCCGCAGUAGAGGAGGCCCUGCAGGCCAUGAAAGCUGUGUGCUGCAACAUCAACGAGACCAAGAGACAAAUGGAAAAAUUAGAGGCUCUGGAGAUACUACAGUCACAUAUAGAAGGCUGGGAGGGGACAAACCUGACUGAUAUUUGCACUGAACUGCUGCUACAAGGCAACUUGUUAAAAAUAUCAGCUGGAAACAUCCAAGAGCGGGUCUUCUUCCUGUUUGACAACCUCCUGGUCUACUGUAAGAGGAAGUCAAGGGUGUCCGGGAAGAAAUCCACCAAGAGGACUAAAUCCAUCAACGGUCCGCAGUAUGUGUUCAGAGGCCGCAUCAACACUGAGGUCAUGGAGGUCGAGAAUGUGGAAGAUGGAACUGCGGAUUACCACAGUAACAACUACACCGUGACCAACGGAUGGAAGAUUCACAACACGGCUAAAAACAAAUGGUUUGUUUGCAUGGCCAAGAAAGCUGAGGACAAACAGAAGUGGCUGGAUGCAAUUUUAAAGGAACGUGAACAGAGAGAAAGUCUUAAACUGGGCAUGGAACGAGAUGCUUACGUCAUGAUUGCAGAGAAGGGAGAGAAGCUCUACCAUAUGAUGAUGACCAAGAGCCGCUACCUCAUCAAAGAUCGACGCAGGAAACUCACCACUGUACCCAAGUGCUUCUUGGGAAAUGAGUUCGUCUCAUGGCUCUUGGAGAGUGGAGAGAUCAGUAAGGCUGAGGAGGGAAUCAACCUGGGUCAGGCUCUUCUGGAGAACGGCAUCAUCCAUCAUGUGUCAGAUAAACACCAGUUUAAGAACGAGCAGGUGUUGUAUCGCUUCCGUUAUGAUGACGGCACUUAUAAAGCCAGGAGCGAAUUGGAGGACAUCAUAUCAAAGGGAGUAAGACUCUACUGCCGUCUACACAGUCUCUUCACACCUGUUGUCAAAGACAGAGACCAUCACCUGAAAACGUUCAAAUCGGUCAUACCAGCUAGCAAACUGGUGGAUUGGCUUGUGUCACAGGGUGACAGCACAAGCCGUGAGGAUGCGGUGACCCUCGGCGUGGGACUCUGCAAUGCUGGUUUUAUGCAUCACGUGCUGGAGAAAAGUGAAUUCAAAGAUGAAUCUCAGUUUUUCCGUUUCUACGCUGAUGAAGAAACCGAGGGCACGGGCUCCAAAAGUAAACAGCUACGCAGUGACUUCAAACUCAUUGAGAACAUCCUUGCCAAAUCCUUAGUGAUUCAUCCGGAAGAGGAAGACUACGGCUUUGAGAUCGAAGAGAAGAACAAGGCAAUCGUAGUGAAAAGUGUGACCAGGGGCUCAUAUGCAGAGAUGGCAGGUCUGCAGCCGGGGAGGAAGAUUUACUCCAUUAAUGAAGACUUGGUGUUUCUCAGGCCCUUUUCUGAAGUGGAGACAAUGAUCAACCAGUCCUUCUGUAUACGUCGCUCUCUCAGAAUACUGGUGGCCACCAAGAACAAAGAGAUUGUGAAAAUACCAGAUUUUCAUGGGACUUUGCCGUUCGUUCUGUGUGGUUCAUGUCCACCUUACGUUCAUGCGGUAAAGAAAGGAUCUGAAGCAGCAUCAGCAGGUCUUCAGCCCGGUCAGUGCGUGCUCAAGGUCAACGGCAACAACAUGAACCAGAGCAGCUAUCAGGAAGUUCUCGAGCAUUUCAGCGGCCAUCAGCCAGUGUUGGAGCAGCAGGACUCGAGCUGUGGUCAGUGGGCAUACCGCGUGUAUGAGGAUGUGGAGGAGCAGAUGUCUUGGAGCAGGGCGUGUGAGAACGGCUCGGAUUCAGAGGAUGGCUGCACUAAUGGAACAGGUUCUGUUAGAAGGUUGGAACAGCUGUCCAUCUCUGACGAUGGUCCUUUGAUCAGUCUCAACGUGGACAACGUUCACGUGGAACAUGGGGUCGUGUACGAGUACGUCAGCACGGCAGGCAUCAAACACUGCGUGCUGGAGAAGAUGGUCGAGGCCAAUGGUUGCUUCAGCCUGGCUGCAAAGAUACUGAAGGCUUUUGUGAAGGACGACAGUCAGUUUGUCAGGAGCUGCCGGCUGCUUAUGUCUCAGAAUGACAAGGUGGUGUCCAUGCCACAGUUUGAGUUUCGAAACAUCUGCGACACCAAAAUGGAGAGCAUCGAGAGACGCAUCCACAGCUACGAACAGUUUGUGGAGGAGCUGCAGAUGAAGGCCUGGCCCACGUUUAAGCAGGCGAGCACUAAGCCUCACGUUCUGAACUACAUGGACUUUGUUCCCACCAACUGUCACCUGAACCUGAUGCAGGUGUCCUGCCCCAAGAACACCUCCUCAGUUGGCCGAGCCUUCAGCAUCCGUUUCGGACGCAAGAACUCCUUCUUCGGCCUCGAUCCAGACCAAGCUAAUCUGAAUCCAAUGUCUCACGCCGUACACUGUGUGACCAGCAUGGCGGCCCCUUCUUGGAGCUGUCUGAGUUCAGAUGAAGAAACGGAGGAGGGAGAUGGUGGGGCGGAGAACGGCAGGAGGCAGGAAGAAGGGGGUCUCAGUUUCCUCCUCAAACAGGAAGACACCGAGAGCCAGGACAAUUAUAUUUUCCUAUACAAUCGACUGGACACCGCCGUGCGAGAGAUGAAGCAAUACGUAGCCCAGAUUGAUGUACUCCUGUCAUCCAUAACCGGACCGACCCAGCCACAGGGUUCUGAACCACCCUCAUUCGAGAACUCCUCCUCGACCCCUCCCAUACCAGAGGAGACGGACCAAGACAAGACGGAGCACGGAGGGAACAAGAGAGUGUGCUUCAAAGUGAACGAAGACGACCAGGACGAUUCUGGCCAUGACACCAUGAGCUACAGAGACUCCUACAGUGAAUGUAACAGCAACCGGGACUCAGUCUUGUCGUACACAAGCGUCCGGAGCAACAGUUCUUACCUGGGCAGCGAUGAGAUGGGCUCAGGAGACGAGCUGCCAUGCGAUAUGCAGUUUCCUCUAGACAAGCAAGAUAAACUGCACGGAUGUUUGGAACACCUUUUCAAUCAAGUCGACUCCAUCAACAGUCUUCUGAAGGGCUCUGUCAUGAGCAAAGCCUGCGAGGAAACCAAGCAUUUUCACACCGACCACAAUCAGCCAGAGUUUCGGAACACAGAUGACUGGACUGCACGCUGGAGGUGCGUCCUGCACAAGAACAUCCAGGAGGACCCUUGGAACCUGCCCAGUUCCAUCAAAUCUCUAGUGAACAGUCUUCAUCGCUUUGUAGAAGAUGGAAGGAGUCAGCUCUUGUUGGCGUUGCUUAAAUGCACAGACACAGAACUCCAGUUGCGGCGAGAUGUUAUAUUCUGUCAAGCCCUGGUGGGGGCGAUGUGUGCGUUGGCUGAGCAACUUGUCAACGCGUUGAACCUGCGUUUCAACAAUAACGGAGAAUACGAGGAGGACAGUAAAGAGGUCAGCCGAAAGUGGCUAGAACAGAUCUCCACAAUUGGGGUGCUCUUUAACUUCCAGUCCACGCUGUCUCCACACAUGAAAAAAGAGAGAAUCAUGCUGGAAGACACAAAAGCAACUCUGCAGGAUCUGGAGAAAGUCACCGUCUUAUUCCGCCCACUGGAGAACGAGUGUCUCGUCCCAAACACAUCAGUGCAUUAUCAGGUGGAAGGUAAUCGGCAGGCCAUCAGGGUGACCAUGUUCCUGGACAGGUGUCAGUUCAGCGAGCUGCCAACUCGACUGCAGAACGGAGGCUCUCUGAAACUUCAGGCUGUUUUUUUCACGAGAGGGCUGGAGAAACCAGAGGGUGUGCUGUCUCAGGAUUUCGUCGCCAUGGAAGAGUUUCAACAGCGCACAAAUGCUCUGUCACUGGAAAAGGUCAAAGGUUAUUACCGCAAACUCAGGGCUUUUUAUCUGGAGAAGUCUAAUUCAGACUCAAAUUCCACAGCCAUGAAAAUUGACCAGCUUCUCCGGCCGCUUAACACCUUGGAUGACCUCUGUCGGCUCAUGCAGACAUACAUGAACGUCAAAGCCAGUGCUCAGGGUCAACCGUCAGGCAUCAGCGUUCUGCAGGUCUCCUCUGAGCUCUGCAGCCGUCUGGGGGCGUGUCAAAUCACCAUGUGUGCCACUGGGAUGCAGAGGUGCACUCUGACUGUAUCACUGGAGCAGGCUGUUACUCUAACCAGAAACCACGGCCUCAUGCCCCGCUGUCUCAUGCAAACCAUGGACAUCAUGCGAAAACAGGGCACCAGAGUGGAGAUCUCUGCCAAAAAUCUCAGAGUAAUGGACCAGAUGCCCCCUUUUGCUCCCAGGCUCUUCAGGUUGUGUUUACCACCUUCUGAUGGAGAUCUUUGAAUUAGAGACGUGUCCCUCAGACCUCCUGGUUGCCGAGAGAUAUCAAGACUGGCUUAAAGAGCUCUUAUUCAUUAUUAAACCAUCUCGCUCCUGAGCAGCCUCAUCCAGAGAGGUCUGGCUCGGGUCAGGGAAACCACAAAAGCCCGGCCAUCUUUAUCUGCUGCUCCGGCAGAUGAGAAAAUCGCUAAUGCUAACUUUGCUAAUAUCUGCUAGCUGUGUCUGCCCACAUUUCUACAUUGUUGGAGUUCCAUCAAGCGCAUUCUGGACUGCACGUCAGAGAACAGAUGCGAAUCGCUCGGUCCUCCAGUUAAAGGCUGUUUUGUUUCUUACUCUGCCUUUGACUGCAAUCUUAGUCGGCAUGUAGGUGGGUACGGUUUGGUUUGUGGAUGGUGGGGUUCCGCUCAGAAAGGUGGUGAUUAUGUGCAAUUACUGUAGCUUAGCAUGAGUGUGUGUGAGCACUAUGUGACAGGAGGUGGCGUUCUCUCACUUUCUCUCACUUAUCAGGUAUUAUGACAUUACUGAAGUCAUUCCAGCUACAUGGACCAGCCUGAGGCUGUUCUAAAUCUUCAUUCUUAUCCGUCCUGUGUUUUAUUAUUCUGUUAAAUGACACGAUUUUAUUAUAGUUCAACUUCUCAUUUAUUGAAGGAUAGCAGGGAACACGAUGGGAGGCGUACAAAAAGUUUCACUGUAAUCAAAGUGUUGAUAUUGAAGGCAGAAAAGGUUUAUCGAUCAACUACGGUUGAUAAGCUAAAAGAAGUUGGGUGUCCCUGGUGUAGAGCACUUUUUACCGAUGCUUUGUUACGGUGUGCUGGUGUUUUGAGUAGGACAAUAAAACGCUUGUGUUCUUCAUCAUCAGUGUUUGUUAAACAUACUGCACACGAUGAGAAUAAAGCACAAGCAAAAGGGAACAUUGAAAAUAGAUACAGUAGACUUUUAUUUUUUAUUUAGGUAAAUAUAUAUAUAUAUAUGUAUCAGAGGGAUACGCAGACGCUUUUGGCAACCGCAGUGCUAUAAUUUAAAGAGUAUUAAUAAUGUUAAAACAAACAAUGUAAUAUGUACAACUUUCAUUUUGUAUACUUGGUGUAUAUUUGGAUAUAGGAAACUUUUUUGUGCUUACAUAAUGUGUUCAAUAUUUAAAUUUCUAACUGCGGUCAGUAACCGAGAAGGCCUGGGAAUUUAACAGUAUCUAGUUUAGCUAACGUUAGUUAGUACAGUAUUUGCGAUGGGCUUUUGUACUGCGCAAAAUUUGUUUAAGUCUACAUUUUUAAUAUAUUGUUAUAUAUGUGAUCUUUAUUGAUCUUAACGGUUGACUUGCUGUAUUUACGCAUCUAUAUUGUUAAAUGGAGGUGAGUAAAUAUAAUAAUCUCGUCACUGUAUAUGGCAAAAGUUUACUUGUAUUUUAGCUUAGCCCAUCUCACGCAUAUUAGCAUGACAGUUAGAGGCUGCGACUUAAGACUGUUUCACAUCUUAUAAUGACAAGAUAGUUUAGAAAAGUAAUACUUGGAUUGAUGUUAAAUCUGCGUUCAACCUAAACUAUCCAAUUUGAAGAUUUACGGUCUUAAGAGUUUUUAUUUGGUCUUCAAAUAUCGAACAAGUUAGCAAGCAUUACUGUUGUGUUUAAUGAACAAAAUCUUAGCGUGUUUAUUUGUAUGUUUUGAAAGUCUUGAUUGUUGCUUUGUUAAACACACUUUAUAGUGCCCAUAUGAAACCUAGUGAAAUCUAGUGAAACCCAAAGACAGAGCAUUAGUAUGUUCCUAUCACUGUAUGUUAAAAUCUCAGGUUUCUGCUUUAUCUUGGUCCAUUAUUGCGCAGUUAGCUUCCCCUUUGAAAAGCUGUCAUCAGAAGUAACAUCACUAAUAUGCAGGGGCGGUUCUAGGGGGAAUAUCAUUUCAGAUUUAGGGGGGCACUGGGGUGGCCAAGUGUGCUGACACUGAACACCCCAUAAAUCUGGAAUGAUAUUUCACAAAACAAAGCAAUUUUGAGCUGAAGUUCUUUUCAAAUGAAAAAUGACAGAAAAAUAAUCAUGACAAAAAAUCUUAGUGUUCCCCCUAAAACCUCAUGUGGUCCCUGCCUGGCCCCACCAGUUACGGUGGCCUGGAACCACCAUUGCAAAUAAGUGAACUGAAACAUGGCAUGCUAUAUUUUUUUCUUGACCUAGUGGUAUUAAGUUCAUAUUUGCCAAUUUUCUGCCUCAACUUAAAGUGUACUUUUAGUUCAAAGAGCAGAAAAUCUAUGUAAUGGUGCUUAUAAAUCAAGCCUUUCUAUUGUGGGGCUUAAAGUUUUUUUAGUGUUUACCUCCGUUUCGGUUUACUUUUUUAACAAUUUAAAAUCAUGUUUUAAUCACUCUGACUAUUUUUAUUAUACAGUGUGAACACCUUAAACAAAACUCACUGGUGGAGUUUUGGAGUACACAAAACCGUUACUUUUCAUAGCUUAACUCAUCAUAUUUUACAAUGUUUGAGUCUCAUGUCCUUCCUACUGUACAUUGCAAUUUGUUCAUUUGGGUCUUAAACGCUUGCUGGUUAUGUCAGCAUACAGUUGUUUUAACACAAUGUAGAAUUAAAAUAAUUGUGUUGUUUCUCUUUCUGAGGUUAUGUAAUAUUUUCCACACAUAGUAAAGAAAAUAAAUCCAGGGGCCUGGAGCCUUUGUCUCCUAACAGGUGUAAAAUAGUCAAAUAAUGCCCAAGACUCGAUGUGCUUUCCCUUCUGUGAAAAUGUAAGAAUGCAGCCCUAAUAACAGUUUGGUGAUUUAAUAGCUCAUUUCAGUUUGACUGGAGUAAUCUUUAAAGCUCUGUUAAAUAUUUCUCUGCUGUACGGAAUGCAUUGCUAAUAUCAAACAAACAAAAUAAAAUAUGUUUAUAAAUUA